AUGAAGCCAUCAGAACUUCCAAGUACCUCUGCGACUGACGCAGUUCGCACGGACCAAGUCAGCCUCGGAGUGGAUAGCCCUGAUGUCGGGAUACCAGAGUCCUUAGCUACUGCUGCGGAAGCAUUGAUGGUGACGACGUGGUCACGAACAGAAGCAGGCGCAGGUUCUCGAACUCUUGUAGACCAGUCCGGGUAUCAGGAUGAACGUUGGAGGAGAAUCAAGGUGCACCAAGAUGAAGAUGUGUGGAUUCAGCAAAUGAAGAAGGUUCUAAUAGGGGACGUAUCAGAUCUUCCACGGAACCAGGUCAAGAAGAUUGCGAAGAUCUCCGAUCAGUUUGUGCUGGAUUCGCGAGAAGUCCUCUACAGGCUGAGCACACCCACGCCUGAGAGACCUCGCAACAAGCAGUCGGAACUCAGGUUGGUGGUCCCAGAGGCCUUACGUACCGACAUGCUACAUUACUCGCAUGAGGAUUUCCAAGGCGACCACCAAGGAAUCAACAGACCGUUUGAGCGAUUGCGUUCGGUGUUCUACUGGGUCGGGAUGUACGCUGAUGUACAGAAGUUCGUGAGAGAAUGCAUAGAUUGCGCGUCAGCCAAGGGGCGACCACCGGUUCUCGGUCCGUCACCUGGCAAUAUCGAACCGAGAUAUCCGUUCGAGGUGGUCUCUAUGGAUUUUGUCACUGAGCUACCUGAACAUGAUCAGGACCCCCGUUUCAUGAGUAAAGUCUUCGCUAGAUUCAGAGACUUUCUGAAGAGUAAGCAGCGCGCGACACUAGGAUACCGGCCUCAGGCCAACGGACAGCAAGAACGUUCAGUCCAAACAGUAAUGCGAAGUGUCAGGGCGUAUGUCGCCCAAGUUGAUCAGAGCGACUGGGACGAGCAUGCAGAACGUGUCAUGUUCGCUUUGAAUACCUCGUUCGACGCUGCAAGGUUGGACACUCCGUUUUAUCUGGUCCAUGACGCCCAGGGAACCAUAUCUGCCCCGAAGCCAUCUACUGUCCAAGAACGAACGGCCUUGGCGUGGCGUCGGAAGCUGCAACGAGACUAUAGCUAUGCUCUCGCGUGUGUGGAAGACUUGCAAAAGAAGGCAAAACGUGCGAGAUCUGCAGCACAGACUCGUAAGUGGAGAGAACUCUCAGACCGGGUAAAUGCAGGUUUCGAAGCCGGUGAUUUUGUAUGGUUGUAUAUUCCGAAGGUCCGCACGGGAUUGAGUCGCAAGAUAGCUCACCUAUGGCACGGACCCUUCCAAAUCGAAGAAAACCAUGAUGAUUUCAGGGUCAAACUCAAGAUCCCAGGCACACGUUAUCGUGUAAAG